GCGGCUGCUUCGGUCUAGCAGCAGCAGCAGCGCAAGCUGACCCGCGGGCGCAGCGGUUGCUUGGAAACGCUGAGGCGAAGAGGCUCUUAAUUUGGUCGAGGUAAUUAACAAGGAGUCUUUUAAUGUGUCAUUGUCGACGGACUCUCUGGAGGCAACUCGGACACCAAACACGGAGUCAAAUUUGACAGCACCACUCGACCGCCGCCACCGGGUUCAAAAGGUUUUCCGAAUUGCGUGUUACAAAGAGGCACGGCGUUUUGAUUUUCAGACACCCGCUGCAGUGGCCGCUUGUUUAGCCUUAUCACUAAAAAGCGCAUCCCGAUUUUUCUUUUUUUUUUUUCCCUGUGCAAUUUUGUAUUUUUUGCCGUUGUAUAGAACACCUUUCUUUUAUAAAAGACUGCAUCUUUCUUUUUGGUCUUUAUCGCCGAAGGAUCGAAAAACGCUAGCAGCGUGCAGUGAUACACGACAAAGCAAUGUCAAUUAUAUAUCUCUCAGUCUCUGCGAGGUUAAUUUGGACAAGCACUGACUAUAUCGUUACACCGCUUAUUUAAAACUGUUUAUGCAACUGCACUGAAAUCUCAGCCAACUGUAUUAUAUAGCUAUACGGUUUAGUUACUGUAUUUCAUUAGAUAAAAACUGCCUCGCCAGAGCAGAACCACACGGUGUUAGUUAAUUAUUAAGACAGAAAGAUACAGCAGGACGCCAGUUCAAUGAAAUAUUCACCAGGAGCAAUAAAGAGACCGAACUCGCGAUCUUUUUUACUGUGAAUGUAUUUUAUCCAAAAAUCCUUAAUUAUUGACCAUCUGAUACAUUAUAUAACAGCGUAUCAUAUUAAAACUGCGUACACUGGUUAGUUAUUAUCAAACUGAUUGUGUUUGUAGAUCGAUAUGUUGUAAAUCGUCACACACAUGCAUAUAUAAUUGUUCUGAUACAGCGACAGUUUUUAUUUUAUAAUGAGCAGGCAUUAAGAUAUAUUGCCUAUGUCAAAAUGCCGCUGCAGACUUUUGUAUUGAAGAACAUGACACGACCUCCUCCUUCAUGUGUUUGACUCGAGCGCGUUCUAUACUAACGUCUUAAAAAUUUGGGACACGGGAUGUUGCUGGAUCUAUAAAUAUCCCAGUUGACUACUCAAGGAGAAUAUCAAAUGAACUUGGCCUUGCUUAGUUCCCCACACAGAAAAAACGGACAAAACAGCUGUAAACACGCUCCGUGGAUUUUAAGGAACGCUUCGAAACGCUGUUGACUGGAGACACACAGAAUAGCAGUCGACAGCAUCGCCUGGGUUCCUGUUGACAGUUUGAUGAACACGAACUAAGGGCUUUGCUGUACGUUUGAAGAAUCGCAAUGGCUCUCUUGAACAUACUGGUGGCUUCGUUUACAUGGCUGAUGUGUGCGAGAGUCUGUUGGAGUGGCUGUGUGGAGGUGGAGUCCAGCACGGAGGCGGUCCUGGGACAAGGGUUCAAGCUGGGCUGCAUCUCCUGUAAGCAGCGGCGCGAGGUGGAGGCCACCUCGUCAGUGCAGUGGUCCUUUAAAUCCAAAGACGAUGCAGACUUCAAUUUGAUCUACCAGUACGAGGAUUACGAGCAGGAGAUAUUUGACGAUCGGUUCGAACGCCGCCUCGUUUGGAACGGCAGCAAGAAGACAACUGACCUUCUGGACGUCUCCGUGUACAUCCUCAACGUCUCCUUCGAUGAUGCCGGCCUCUACAAGUGCUACGUGGAGCGGACACUUUACUACGAGCACUACGAGUUCCACACCAACGCUUCCAAGUUCGUCAAGCUCACCGUUGUCCCCACAGUGAACCGGGAGCUGACCUCGAUCAUAGGGGAGGUGAUGAUGUACGUCGCCAACAUUGGGCUCACUUUCUGGCUGCUGGUGGAGAUGGUGUACUGUUACCGCAAGAUCGCUGCCGCGGGAGAGGAGGCGUUGCGGGAGAACGCGGCUGAGUAUCUGGCCAUCGCCUCGGAGAGCAAAGAGAACUGCGCCGGGGUGCAAGUGGCUGAAUAGCACUGAAGAAGACGGGAGGGGCAACUCAGACAGAACGCGACGAGGAAAACAUGCUGAAGAAGGAGCAGAAAAAAAACUAAUUCAAGAGAACGAACGAACCUUUGCAAACCUGCCAAAAGGAACGGAAUGCUGCUGUAGAAAAAAACAUACUAAAUAUAUCAUUUGGAGAGAAGGUUUCCUGGACAUUUUAUGGACUAGAAAAAAAAAAAAAGCAUGUUCAGAUGUUUUCAUAAAAAAAAAAAAAAAAGAAGAAAAAAAAAUAUGUAUUCACAUCACCAAGCUUAACAUCUUUUAGUUGGGCUUCAAGCACGACGAAAAACACAAUUUAACGAAACAAUUCUGAAGUGAUGCGUGCACGACGAGUUACCAAUACGAACCUGCAACCUUGUAAUGCAAGUGGUAGAAUCGUAUACUACUUUUGGAAAUAUUAGAGAUUUUAACUGUGGAAAUGUUGCUUGCUUAAAAAACAAACAAAAAAAAUAAAAUACAUGUGCUAAAUUAUCGAUUUGUCAUCACUCAAUCAGAAGUCACCUUGAUUCUUUUGAACCCAGUUUUUCUUUGAAAUCAGGAGCCAAGGUGUAUUUGUGUGAAAGUACAGGAGUUUUCACAGGUGGGGUUUCCAUUUUCAGUUCUGGACGGACAAUUGCGUCAAAAGUGAGGACAGACAGAAGUAUUGCAUUUCAUAUAGACAGUGCAGUUGUGUCACAUGACCUCUGUGUGAAACAAUGCAGAAAUCCCUUCAGAUUAACCCACUGAGUGCUGCUUGAGGACAGACUACAUUGUAGUUUAUUUGGCACAUUUUUAACUGGCACCAUCUACCUAUAAUUUCAAUGUUCUCUCUAACUAUAUUGUAAUGAUAACUUACAGCAAAAGUGAAGUCUAAAUGCAAAUGCAUCACAUAACAUACACAGCUUAAUGUUCUGAUUUUCUUCCAAAGAAAUGUAUUUGGUAUUUAAUGGGUUAAAAUCAAUUCAUAUUUUUGUUAAAUUGAAACAAGCCUGAGUUAAAAGAAACCCAAUAAAUGAAAACACAUGAAUGAAAACAAUCUGUUUAAAAAUGGAUUUACUAAGAUAGCUGUCUUUAUCCUGGUAUUUUUUUUUUUUUACAGCUUAAUUUCAAUGCAAGGGAUGAGUUACUACAAUUCCAUAUGUAUGGGACUCGAGAUACAGAGAUUCAAUCGAUUAAUUGAUCAUUCACAUGCUCCGAUUAAAAAAUCGAUUACAAGAAAAACUUCCAAGAUUACCAAUUAAAAUCUAUAAAAAAAAAAAAACAA